AUGUCGUAAAAGCCACAAUGCGCAGGCGUUUUUGCCCCCUCUUCCUCGCGCGGUUCUCGCAACACCUGACGCCUGCGCAAUAAGUCAGCUGGGUGUAUUGGGGUGGCCCGCGAGGGUGUUAGUCACUGCGUCGCCCAGUCUGCGGGCGUGACUGUGCCGUUCGCCGGGUGGUUACAUCGAGGCGCCGGUGGCCUCAGGCCGGCGGCGCGGGUUUACCUUGGUUCGCCGGUCCCAAGGUCGCUGAGUGGCCGCGAUGUCGAUUUUCACCCCCACCAACCAGAUACGCCUGACCAAUGUGGCUGUGGUACGGAUGAAGCGAGCCGGGAAGCGCUUUGAAAUCGCCUGCUACAAAAAUAAGGUCGUCGGCUGGCGGAGCGGCGUGGAAAAAGAUCUUGAUGAAGUUCUACAGACCCACUCAGUGUUUGUAAAUGUUUCUAAAGGUCAAGUUGCAAAGAAGGAAGAUCUCAUCAGUGCAUUUGGAACAGAUGACCAGACUGAAAUCUGUAAGCAGAUUUUGACUAAAGGAGAGGUUCAGGUGUCUGAUAAAGAACGACAUACACAGCUGGAGCAGAUGUUUAGGGACAUUGCAACUAUUGUGGCCGACAAAUGUGUGAACCCUGAAACAAAGAGACCAUACACUGUCAUCCUUAUCGAGAGAGCCAUGAAGGACAUCCACUAUUCAGUCAAACCCAACAAGAGUACAAAACAGCAGGCUUUGGAAGUGAUAAAGCAGUUGAAGGAGAACAUGAAGAUAGAACGUGCUCACAUGAGACUGCGGUUCAUUCUUCCAGUGAACGAAGGGAAGAAGCUGAAGGAAAAGCUCAAGCCCCUGAUCAAGGUUAUCGAAAGUGAAGACUACGGUCAACAGCUGGAAAUGGUGUGUCUCAUCGACCCCGGCUGCUUCAGAGAAAUCGAUGAGCUGAUAAAAAAGGAGACGAAAGGCAAAGGUUCUUUGGAGGUGCUCAACCUGAAAGAUGUCGAAGAAGGAGAUGAGAAAUUCGAGUGACAGUCUCCAGUGUCUUCAGCUGGCCAGCACUAAAGCAUUUUUGUUUCCCACAGUCCUGUUUUCUUUCUGUGAUCUGCCAAAAACUUGCUCGGAAGGUUUGAUGUUUUUCCAUCUUUGUGGCAAACAUGUAUUCAAAAAUACUUUCCUAAGUAAGUGUUAUGAUGUGGGAUUGAUGUAGUUUUAAUUAUAAAACGGGGUUUUAGGCAAAAGUGAAAAAUCUAAGAUAAAGCCCGGAGUAGCAUCUUGUUGCUGCCGUAGGCCUUUGUAGCUUUCCAGGGUGAAAGUCAUUCCAGACAACCCUUGUGGAUAAAAAGUACAUUGUACACUGGGAGGAGGUAUCUGUAUGACAGAAAGGAAGUAUUUGCCAGAAAAGAAAAUACAGAGUGUCUAAUUCCUACCUAAAAGAAACUCGCGUAUGGGGGAACUCUGUCGUGACUUCGUGACCUAAUCGAAAGCCUGGAUGGUAACUUCCUGAUUAUCUGAAAAAUAGAUGUAUGAUGAGUGAGCAGGACUUAAAUAAUAUUCAUCAGACGUGCUGCCAUAACCUAGAUUGUAGUCAUUUCUAAUUCUCAAAGUUUAUAAUAUAUAGUACUAGAGCCGAAAUUAUAUGCAAUCAAUAAAACCACUUUUUAUUUUUGUUAAACUAUGGCUUGUGUUUCUAGACAGCUUCCUAACUCCCUUUCUUUUCUCUGCUUCUUGUUUGGUAGGAUUGGAGAGUUCUUAGCAGGACUUAAGUCAGUAUGAGGAAUGCUCAGAACAGGGCCUGUUCUGUUAAAUACCUGGUAAAUCUUAGCUACUAUUAUCUGAGAUGUAGUUGAACUUAAGUAUUUUAGUAUUUGAACACUUAAAUAGACAGUGUGCAAGUUUUUCAAAAUCUCCUUUUCUUUGGAGUUCCCGCUGUGGUGCAGCGGGAUGGGCAGCGAGCGUCUCUGGAGCACUGGGACUCAGGUUCAGUUCCCAGCCCGGCACAGUAAGUUCAGGAUCCAGCGUUGCCACAGUUGCAGCGUAGGUUGAAACCUCAGACCCGAGAAGUCCAUGUGCCAUGGGGCAGCCAAAAAAAGAAAAAAAAUCUAUUUGUCUUCAAAAGAGAUAGUGUAGAAUACAGAGUAGGGCUUCACUCAAAAUGACCACGCAGAUGUAUUUCGUGGACAGCAGUUUUCAAAUGAAAAAAGAGUUCUUCCCUUGAACAGGUUCUGAUUGGUUUUCUAAGCACAUAGAAUUUGUUGCUAAUUCAAGUUCCCAGAAAUGCCCCUUUUACAAUAAUUUCAAUAGAUAUUAUGAAGUCAGAAUUUUUUCUCUUCAUGUUCGAAGCAUUCUGGUUUGAUAAUUUGGGAAUACACACUGGUGUGAAUGCCGAAAUUGAACUGUUUUGAUAACAAUCUCUAAGUAACCCCCUCACUGGUUCCAUUUUACUUAGACAGUUUAUUGUUUGACAAAGUAAUCUAAAUUUGAAGUCCCAGGAAAUAAUUUUAACCAGUGAGGUUUAUACUUUAUUUCUAGCCGCAACAGUGAGAGCAGUGUUUCAGGUUGAAAGUGGUAAUUGCUAAAAAUGUUCAAGGGCUGCAUGUCCAGCAGAAAAGGAGAAGGUUUCGCCAGCAUUGCCUUAAGUUUCUCCCAUCCUCAUAGUCAUGUCUUCUAAAGCCGGAACUUCAAGGAGUGUCAAAUGUAGAUCCAUCUGAGUCAUGUUCCUGAACCUAUAAAAAAUAAAAAAAUUUACCUUCUA